ACCCAAUCGGCAAAUGGCCACUCCGUAUCCCCACAAACAGGGCAGAGAAGUUCGGAACUGCAACGGCUGAAACGGCGUGUGCUGAAAAGCGGCGACUCGCGCGCCUCCAGUGCCUACUUUGCCAAGAAGAAUGCCCGCCAAAACACGGUAUACCAUAUAUAG